UUGCCACUCAGUUCACGUGUGACUAGCAAAAGUUAAACUGACAUUCGAGCAAGAAUUGGAAUAGCAGAAUGGCGAACCGGGACUUACAGCUGAAUUCCGGCAUGAAGUGCGCCAAAUACAUGCUCAUCAUCGUGAGCUUUAUGUUUGCGCUAACCGCCAUCUUACUGAUAAUGGUGGGAACUACCAUCCAGACUAUUUUCGGCGACUUCAGCCUGUUUAUUGAUGGACACUUCUCUUCGCCUCCGGCUCUCCUUAUCGCCAUUGGAUUUAUUCUGAUCGCAGUGGCCACUCUGGGAGCUUAUGGAGCCGUCAAGGAGAGUGUGAUGGUCAUUAAUCUGUACGGAGUGUGCCUGUUCCUGGUUUUCAUCCUUGAGGUUUCUGCAGCCAUCGCCGCCUUCGUGAUGCAAUCCCAGGUUAGAGGCAUGCUGGUCCGAACAAUGCACCAGGCCCUGCAGGAAUACGACAACGAUCCCUAUGUGGCAGCUGGAGUGGACUUCAUGCAGUCUGGGCUUGAGUGCUGCGGAGUGGAUGAGCCGGAGGAUUGGAAGGACUGCUACGGUCCCAACAAGAAUUCGACACUUGGAGCGGACGACGUGGUCGUGCCCAACUCGUGCUGCGGUCGCCCGGGCGUGGAUUUGAGCGACGCCAGCCAGGUGACCUGUCUUGAAACAUUCGAUUACGGCUGCUUCCGCAAGAUGAACUUCAUAGUGUCACAGAGCGCCAUGUUAAACGCCACCGGAGCCACCACGGUGGCCUUUGUCCAGCUGUUGGGCGUCCUGUGCGCCUUCAUGUUGGCCAAGACACUCCGCCGGAACAAGUCCAUCCGCGAAGCCCGCCGCUGGCAGCUGCAGCAGAGCCUGGGCGUCCUCAUCUCCGGGGGAAAGAUGGGUCCGCCCCAGAACUCGGCGGUCACCGGCUACCAGCAGCUGGACAACGGCGAACUGGGCACCCAGGAACCCUACACCUACACGCCCCAGAGCCCCAGCGUUAACUAGGAGUCGAUAAUGAUCGGAGCCCUAUUUAUACCACAUAGCAUACCCAAAGAGAUCCGCUUGUAAAUGUAACUUUAUAAUUUGUUAACUAAAAAAUGUAGUAAAACGAAAUAAACGCAGUUGUCCUAGGACUACUUGCUGAAGUUAUCGAAGC